AUGAAGGGAUUCAGACAGAGAGUGCAUGAGCAGUUGUCGCGGGCAAAGGAUGCCAACAAAUCAUCGAAGAAGAAGGACUCCAACUCCGCACCACAACAACAGGCGUCCCUCGGCAUCCAUCCUCCACAGCAGUCGGCAUCCCCGAACCAAGGUACACCGACAUCAUCCACAACAUCUCUGAAUGAUGCACGAGGAAAGUCACCAGAUGAUGCCUCCCCGGCAGUAACUCCCUCAGGGGCCGCGGCCGGCGCACCGGCUCAGCAUUUCAUAGCCCAAGGGGCUGGGAUUGCCGGUCAGCCGGUGACCAAUGGUCCAGGUACCCCAACGAGACAGGGCCAGCCAGUAGCACCAAGCGUGAUAAUCAGCCCCAGUGCUCCGCACCCCCCUCCCCCAGGUGCCGCCGAGACCAUGCCCGGAGAUCUAGCCCCUCCCCGGAAAUCCCAUGUCUUCGACCGCCUCCAAACUACCCCCAAGGACAUGUCGGAAGGAAUCCGGACCCCCAAACGGCAACAUUCUUCGCGGUUUGACAUCUCCGAUCAGCGCCAGAGAGAGUUAGAGAAAUUGCCGGGCUUCCACGAAGUCGCCCCGAACCGGCGCCAGGAUCUUUUCAUGCAGAAAAUCGACCAGUGUAACAUUAUCUUUGAUUUCAAUGAUCCUACCGCGGACAUGAAGUCUAAGGAGAUCAAGAGGCUGGCACUCCAUGAGCUCUUAGAUUAUGUCGCCAACAAUCGGUCCGUCAUAACAGAGCCCAUGUAUCCUCGUGUUGUGGAGAUGUUCGCCAAGAACCUGUUUCGCCCGAUUCCUCCUCCAAUGACUCCCCAAGGAGAGGCAUUUGAUCCGGAGGAGGACGAGCCUGUUUUGGAAGUGGCCUGGCCACAUAUUCAGGUUGUUUACGAGUUUUUCUUGCGAUUUAUCGAGAGCCAGGAUUUCAACACAAACAUUGCGAAGGCACAUAUCGACCAUCAAUUCGUGCUUCAGCUGCUAGAUUUGUUUGACUCGGAGGAUCCUCGGGAACGUGAUUUCCUGAAGACAACCCUACACCGGAUCUAUGGCAAAUUCUUGAACCUGCGGUCAUAUAUCCGACGAUCAAUCAACAAUGUUUUCUUCCAGUUCAUGUACGAAACAGAGAGACACAACGGCAUUGCUGAAUUGCUCGAGAUUCUGGGCUCCAUCAUCAAUGGCUUUGCGCUCCCACUGAAGGAAGAGCACAAGCUAUUUUUGACCCGAGUUCUUCUUCCUAUGCACAAGGUCAAGAGCCUCAGCAUGUACCACCCACAACUGGCCUACUGUAUUGUACAGUUCUUGGAGAAGGACUCCACGCUCACAGAAGAUGUUGUUCUUGGAUUACUGCGCUAUUGGCCGAAGACUAACAGCACCAAGGAGGUCAUGUACCUCAACGAGGUUGAGGAUAUUUUCGAAGUGAUGGAUCCCGCUGAAUUCGCCAAGGUGCAAGAGCCUCUUUUCCACCAGCUUGCGAAGUCAGUUGCCAGCCCGCAUUUCCAGGUUGCUGAGCGUGCUCUCUACUUCUGGAAUAACGAGUAUUUCUGCAACCUUGUCAGCGACAAUGUGGAAACCAUUCUUCCGAUCAUGUUUGCUCCACUCUAUGAAAACUCCAAGGGUCACUGGAAUCGGACAAUCCAUAGCAUGGUGUACAACGCCAUGAAGAUGUUCAUGGAAAUCAACCCCCAGCUCUUCGAUGAGUGCUCUCAUGAGUACACUGAACACCAGAAUAACGCAGACCAGCGUGAAAGGACUCGACAGGAUCGCUGGGACUUGAUCGAGCAACAAGCUAAGCGUCAAAACGGAGCCCCAGCCCUACCGCCCGCUCCUAGCCUCAAUGUGCCUGAGCCAAUCGAUGAAGUGGAAGCCAUGACAACCGACAGCCAAAAGCGGCUGAAUAAUCUGAAGCUGGAAGAAUCCGAAGCCCCCAAGGAGCGACCUGCUCGAGAGGGAACCCCCACUUCGGGUGUGAUCAUGGAGCGGACCUCUGAGUUGGACCCCGUCUUAGAACCGUGA